AGUUUAGAUUUGUUGUUGUCUUCUCGUGGUUUAUAUUUUUUCUGGCUUGAUGUGAUAUUGUUUUGAUUAAAUUAGUUUAAAAUGUUAUCUAGGCGGAUUAUCUCGCUAGGUCAAACUGCAAUUAGUUUGAACGGCAGGUCCGCUAAAAUUUUACUUGGUGAUGCCUUGAUCUGUAAUCAUGCAUUGUCUCGUGUAAAUCAAUCUAUUCGCAAGCUGGCUUCAGAUGCUGCAGUUAAGCAAACGGAUUUACUAAAAGAUUUUGUUAUCCCUGAACCACCUUUGCCCCCUGAACUUCUUCCGCUUGGUCCGAUCACUGCUCAGACUUUUAAUAUGUCUAAUUGGUUUCCUACAGGUUGGAUUUGUAGUAUGUUGUUAUUCUGCGAAAAUUACAUGCCUUACUCUUAUGGAAUAAUUGCCGCUACGGUUGUUGGACGGGUCAUAUUAACCCCGGUCAUGGUUUUCUCACAAAAGCAAGCUGCUAAAAUGGCCAUAGUUUCACCUAAACUUCAAGAAAUUAUGAAACUGAGAAAAGAGCCGAUUAUGAAAUUAACAUACAGGUUGGCGGAAGUUUACCAUUCUACUGAUGCAUUUAAAUUUAAAAAUUUGGCGAUAGCUCCACUUUGUUCGGUUGCUGUUUUUGGUACUUUUUUCGUCACUUUACGGAGAAUGGCUUCUUCAGGACAUGAAGUGAUGAAAGAUGGUGGCUUUGGUCCUUUCUUCGAUUUAACUGUGCCAGAUCCUACUUACAUUUUACCUUCAGUGACAGCUUUGACAUUAUUCUGUAUCAUGAAAAUUGGAGUUGAAUUUGGUGCAAUCACAGCUCAGACUACUGUUAGCCCGAUACAAAAUCUUUUGAAAAAAGGCUCAAUGUUUGCAGUUCCCUUGGUUAUUUUUUAUGCCACUACAAAAAUGCCCGCAGCCAUUGGUUUAUAUUGGGCUACGUCGAAUUCGAUUUCGAUUCUUCAAAGUUUAAUCAUGUUAAAUCCUAAGGUUCGAGCCGCUCUUAAAAUUCCACCUACAAUCCCAAAAGCUAAAGGAGAGAAAAGAGGUAUUUUUAACGCAGUUACACAAAGCUGGACUGACAUAAAAGGUGCUUGGAAAACGACAUUACAAGACCGGGCUGCUAGAAAAAUAAGCAACGAAUAUUUAAAUCAAUUUGAAAGAUCCGGAGUUGGCCCACUUCGUAAAACCUAUGAUUAUGACCCAACCAGGAAAAAUACUAAACGCAAGUCUUAAAAGUGAAAAAUUAGGAUGUAGAAAUUAACUCUGUUGAAAAUGUAAGUCUUGAGAUUUCUUAUGAUUGAAAUGAAUUUGAGCCUUCUAAGGUUUAUAAAUAUAACAUACUAGUUGAUGUAAUUAGAUAAUAUCGAGAUCAAAUUUAAUUCUCUUGUCAAACA